AAGCACUGCACCGAACUAAAAAUACGUAUCGCCAGUAACUUUAUCUUGAUAAUAAGCAAAUCAGUUUGAAAAUUUGAAGACAAAAUAGAAAUGCCGCUGCCAUCCGCGAAUCCUACGCUCCAUUACCUCGAUAUCGGUAGCCUGGGCCGUGGAGAGGUUGUCCGACUGUUCUUGCACGACGCAGGAGUGGAGUUCAAUGAUGUCCGAUAUCCGUAUGACGAUACCUGGCCAGCGGCCAGCGCAGAACUCAGACAAAAAGGGUUAUCAGUGACUGGCAAGGUACCGGUGCUUGAGUAUGAAGGACAAAUCCUCACACAGCAUCUACCAAUCCUGAGGUACCUAGCUAGAGAGCUUGGUGAAUAUGACGGAAAUACGAGCCUGGAGAAGUAUCUUCUGGAUGCAGUUGCUGAUGUGUAUACCGACUGGCGAGCCCAAUGGGUGAGCAACCUUGGCAAUGUCACGGACAAAUUCAAGAACGAGUAUGUCCCGAACUAUUACAACGUCCUAGCUACGUUUUAUGCUCAGAAGGAGGGCCCUUAUCUGCUGGGUGAGAGGAUCACUUAUACGGACUUUGUCGUCUACCAGUCUAUCGACAACGAUUCACAGACUGGAACAUUGCCGGCGUCUCUGCCGGAGCCUCUCACUAGGCUCAGAGCAGCGUUCGAAGCCCGGCCUAGAGUCGCACCGUAUCUGGCGAGCCGCCGUGGCUAAAAAGUAUGGCUGUCUGUUGUGCAUAACAUUUGUCUUCGCAUUUCUGAUUGGCAAAUCGCAAGAUCAAAGGAAUGAUGAAAG